UGUGAAUGAGUUUCAACCGAAUCAUAAUCAUCCAUGUACUGAGGAAACUUAUAAUGGAUACCCUGAGAUAAGAAGACUCAGUGAAAAGUCUUGUCAAGAUAUCAAAAAGUUUUCAAGGCUGAAAGCUAAACCCCUUCUAAUGAAACCCUUGCUAAAAGAAACUGAAGGGAGUGCAAAAAUUAUUCUGAGCCGAGAUAUCCACAAUGCACGUGCUAAACAUGAUCGUAAAGAAAGGGGAGGUAGGUCUGAAGAGCAAAUGCUCAUAGAUAAACUGACUGAGAUCAUCAAUAAUGAUCCUGGAGCUUGUGCUCACAUCGAGAUUUGUAAAGAUUCGAGGAAAGUGAAGUUUAUCCUUGUACAAACUACAUCCAUGAGAAAUGCUCUGAAAAAGUUUCCAGAAGUCCUGCUGACAGAUAUUACAUACAAAAUCAAUAAGAAUUUAAUGCCGGUCAGUGUGGUUCAAGUUGUUGAUGGAGCUGGUGUGAGCCAGGUUGUGGCUUAUGCCAUUUUGGCCAAUGAGCUAAAGGCCACUUUGACCGAUAUGUUGCUCCACUUCCACAGAGUAAGUGGAGGCGAUGAAGUUUUUGAAAAAACCAACUGUGUUGUCGUAGAUAAGGACUACUCAGAGAUCGGUGCUAUAAGAGCCAUUUUCCCAAAUGCAAAAGUGCAUAUUUGCAGUGUGCAUGCUGAGCGAAACCUAAAGACAGCUGCCAAAGGCGAUCCUAAUAAGAAAAUUGCAAUGGAUCAUUUCAGAGAGAUGCUGUAUUCAGAAACUGAGGAAAGCUUCCAAGAAGCUUACAAAAAAUUUCGUCGUCAUGCAGGUGAAACACUCAAGAACUACUUCAGAGACAAUUGGCUAAAUCUGAAAGAGGCAUGGUGUCUUAAAGAUAGAAUGUUGGUUGAAACUUUCCGGAAUCACACCACAAACCGUGUAGAAAAUGAAAACCAAAAGUUGAAGAUGGCCUUGACUGUAGAUACACCUCUAUAUGAAGCUGUCGACAUUCUUGUAAACAUGAUUCAGGGUUAUAGAAAGGAUGCUUUGCGUUACAAAGACCAUGAAGCUUUGACUAAAAGAGUGAAAAUAAACAAUUGCUCAGAUGAGAUUGUGCAAACAGUAUGUAAUGAUAUUACUUUAUAUGCUGCUAAACUUGUUUGUGAGCAGUUCCAACUAGCCAAAAAGCCUUCACCUGCAUCUGCUAAAUAUCUUACAUCAGACAAGGACUGUUCAUGUCAAUUCUACAAAACCCUCAAAUUGACAUGCAGACACAUUAUGCGUGUCAGGAAGCAAGCUGGACUCAAUUGGUAUGACAAAAGCCUCAUACCAGAAAGAUACUUCAUAGAGUAUAACACAGGUUGGUGGAAAGAAGAUGUGGUGCAACCAGCUGACAAUAGGAUUCCUCCAAGGAUGCCGGCUAAACCUGUGAAAAAUAUAAUGGGUCCUAGUGAAAAAUUCAAAGAGAGCAGACUUGUCUUGGACAAACUAAGAACGCUACUCACUGAAGUUGGUACAAGAGAGCAUCACAUAAGAAUGCAGUUACUGCUGGACUUGACUGAAGCCUGGUCGGGUGGAGGGGAAGUGGUACUCGUGCAUUUAAAUGACAAGAAAGAAGGAGAGGGUAAUGCAGAGAAAAACUUGCAGGAUAAUUCUACUAGUGAAGAUCCUGGAGAGAAAUCCCCUGAUAUCAUCACAAUUGACUCGGACAGUGACGAUAAUUUUGAGAAUGUAAAUGCUACAGUAGUCAAAAGUGAGAAUGUGGAAGACGAGACUAGCAUUUACGAAUCUAAUUCAGAUUCAGGAAGAGACGAACUUAAUAGGAAUGCUCCAUUCAACCUGCCUCAAAUAAAAAUAGUUGGAAGACCAAGGGGAAAGGGUGAGACAAUCCAUGAUGGUUCAAAACAAUCAAGCACACUGCACAAAAAAUCUCGGUAUAGAGCUGAACUUUGCUGUGUAUGUAAUGAACCAGUCCUUUUUUUGAGUAAGUGUGGCAUGUGUAACAAAAGUGUUCAUGCCUAUCAGCCUUGUUCAUAUGUAAAUGAAUCAUCUGGGAUGAAAUAUGUGUGUGACUUGUGUACAGUUUUUGAUCACAUUGAUGACGGAACGGAGGAGACCAUGUUUGAAAAGGAGACAGAUCGUGAUGCUGAUUUGAUGGAUGACGUAAUGGAGGAGAACCUGGUUGAACAGGAGUCAGAUCGUGGUGCUGAUUGGGUGAAAGAUGCAGAUGACCACCCGAACCCCCGGCCUGAAUCAUCCCCCCAUCUAUCGGAUCAGUGUUCGUAUUGUGCAAUUUGUGGGAAUGAGGCAGGGAGCCACAAGUGCACCAAAUGUGGUAAGACGGUCCAUGCCAUAGAGCCCUGCUCGGUGAGGGAUCCUGAUCAAGGGGAGGGAUUUGGCAAAGGGUGCAUUUGCACUCUGUGUGCAGCUUCUAAACCUGACCCAACUCCUCCUCAAAAGAAUUUUGCACUUGAUAAAUCCAAGACAAAGGGUAGGCCCAAGACAACUAGCCGGAAAUAUAAACCUACUUGGAGUUUUACGCAGAUUGCAGAUGAGUCUCAUGCUUUAUGCUGUAUCUGCAACAAGGAGGCCAAAGAGGCUUCAAAGUGCCAAAAAUGCCUCAACACUGUUCACUCUGUCUUGCCAUGUUCUCUAGACAUAGACGAUGACAAAAAAAUUUGCAAUUACUGCUGUGACUUUUCCUAUGAAGACUAUUACGGAGAACCCCCCAAGGCAAAUAAAAAACCGAGCGUGCCUUACUUCUGUUUUGGGUGUAAAAAAUUAUUGAAACUCUGUAUUGCUAAAAAUCCUAAGGAUGAGGGUAGAAAAGGAGAUUUUUAUUACAGUUGUCUCCGUAAUGAGACAUCUGAAUGCAAGCCUCUGUCAUUUUGGGCCCCUAAGUCUGAUGCCAUAUACUCAAUUAUACACCAGUCAUUGUUUCAAAUAUGUUGUCAUAAUUUUGUCUGUUGCUUUUCCUAUUUCAUUCAGACUUGCAUCAGUGUUGUACACACUGGACCUCAUUUUGUAUCUCUUAAAAAUUCAUAAUGCAAGUUUUAACUAUUGAUUAAUUAUUCCUCUAUUAUUUGUCUUCAAAACUAUUAGGCUGAUAAGCAACAUGUUUGCAACAGAUGACAGGUGACAUCUUGUGCUUUAUCUAGUGAGGAAAGAUAAUCCAAUUGAGCUUCUUAAGAUUAACUUCUUCACAUGCUUACUUCAAUAUUAUUAGUUGUGAAAACAAUGUCUUCUUUCUGCAAAAACUUUUAUUUCCCUGUGUCUGGGAUUCAUAGCCAUCAUCAUU